AUGGACUGCAUGAACAAGCUCAAAAACAACAAGGAGUACCUGGAGUUCCGGAAGGAGCGGAGCCAGAUGCUGCUGUCCAGGAGGAACCAGAUGCUUCUCGAGUUCAGCUUCUGGAACGAGCCGCAGCCCCGAGCAGGUCCCAACAUCUACGAGCUGAGGACAUACAAGCUCAAGCCAGGAACCAUGAUCGAGUGGGGCAACAACUGGGCUCGGGCCAUCAAGUACGGACAAGAGAACCAGGAGGCGGUGGGCGGCUUCUUCUCACAGAUAGGAGAGCUCUACGUGGUGCACCAUCUCUGGGCCUACAAAGACCUGCAGUCUCCGGAAGAGACUAGAAAUGCUGCUUGGAGGAAGAGGGGUUGGGACGAAAAUGUCUACUACACAGUGCCCCUGGUGCGACACAUGGAGUCUCGGAUCAUGAUCCCUUCGAAAAUCUCGCCUCUCCAGUGAUGCUGCUGCUGCCGCCACCUCACUGCCCUUCUCCCUCGGGGCAGCCAUGGACAGGGGCUCCCAGUCCAGCUGUCUUGGUUUUCUCUCUGAUCUGGAAGGACUCUGGGGGCUAAUGCUCAGUUCAGACAACGGGGAGCUGAGGAUGACAGAGUUCUGAGGACUUUGCAGCUCUGCCUGCCCUGCCCAUCCCUGCCCCUGUGCUGGAAGCAGUUUUUAAUUUCUUUGAAUGAAGAAUAGCAACCUUUUAUGUCUUCUCACAUUCCUCCCCCCCACCC